AUGUCAGAAGACCAUUAUAAUACCGGUUUUGGGUACCAGGAUUAUCCUCCUACCGGUCCAAGCUCUCCCGACCAACUACAACGUACCGGUCCAUUCGCAUGGAAUGACGGUAGCAAUCCUAACGACACUGUCACUGGACAGCCCGGACAUACACAACCGUAUGACAGUUCAACUCAGGGUUCAAAUCAACCUCCAUAUAACCCCUCUGCUCAGGUUCAGAGUCAAAUCACCUAUCAGACUCCUGCUGUGACCUACGACAAUGUCGGUGUGGCUCCUGAACAGGUGGUCGGCUUCAACAGCUCUCAAGGUAGUUAUAAUCCAUAUACUACUUAUCAUGGUCCUCAGCAUGACCCUUCGUACAGUCCCCAUAUUUCAGGAUAUGGUCAAUCACAGCCUCCAGCUGGCUGGACAGCUCAGCAGUCCGCUACUUACUCGCAGCCACCAGGAGGGUUCCAACAGCAAACGUACCCAGGAGCUCAAGGCCAGUUUCCUCUCCCUCAUCUACCACCCCCUUAUCAGCCUUACGCUCCCCCGUCAUCCCCUAAUCAGCCUUAUCCUUUCGGCCCCACACAGCAAGGCCAGGCGCCUGUUCCUUAUGGCCCAACUUCUAGCUUUGGUACUCCUGGCUCUAGCGCUCAAGGCAGUACCAAUUUUGGCCCGGCUGGAACCAAUCAAUCCUACUAUAAUGGUAAAACACAAGGUGUUUUGAGUACAAUGGCAACCGUUGGAGCUAAUAUGGUUUCGGGAAGCGUGUCAAACAAAAUCAAUAGACCAAGAGACGUCGACGAGGAUACUACCGAUCGGCCUGCCUGA